AUGGCUAAACUCAGGCAUGCCAAGAUCUUCACUAAAUUGGACUUACGCUGGGGCUACAAUAACGUCAGGAUCAAAGAAGGAGAUGAGUGGAAGACAGCGUUUAGGACCAAAUACGGGCUAUUCGAAUAUCUGGUAAUGCCGUUUGGCCUUACCAAUGCCCCCGCUGCCUUCCAGCAUUUCAUGAACGACCUGUUCAGGGACCUCAUCGACGUCACAGUGGUCAUUUAUUUGGACGACAUACUGAUCUUCUCCGAAAAACCUGAGGACCACCCUUCCCAUGUCAGGGAAGUCCUCUCACGAUUGAUGAAGAACCAGUUGUUUUGCAAACUCUCAAAAUGUCACUUCCAUGUCACUACGGUCGAUUACCUUGGAAUCGUUAUUUCCCCUUUGGGCUUCUCCAUGGAUCAGAAGAAGAUUGAGGCGGUUACAUCAUGGCCCCAACCCAAAACAGUCAAACAGGUCCAGGCCUUUAUAGGGUUUGUCAAUUACCUCAGACGUUUUAUUCCCAACUUCAGCACGGUCGCGCGUCCCUUACACAAUCUCACCAAAAAGGAAACCCCCUGGUCAUGGGGUAAAACGGAGGAAGACGCAUUCCAGGAAUUAAAGGCUCUUGUCACUAAAUCUCCGGUUCUUAUCCAUUCCAAUCCAGAACUCCCCUAUUACCUGGAGACAGACGCCUCAGGGGUAGCCAUGGGGGCCAUUCUUAGUCAGCGGGGGUCAGAUAACCGAUUGCACCCAAUCGCGUACAUGUCUAAGUCAUUCUCAGGGGCAGAAGGAAACUAUGACACCCAUGACAAAGAACUUCUGGCUAUCAUCAAAGCCCUGGAGGAAUGGCGUAUUUUCCUGGAAGCUACAGACAAGCCGGUUCAGGUCUUUACCGAUCACCGCAACCUUGAGUACUGGAUGCAGGCAAGGACAUUCAAUCGACGGCACGCUAGAUGGCGCGUAUUCCUGAGCGAUUUCAAUUUUGAAAUACAUUAUCGCCCAGGAAAGCAAUCAGGGAAGCCGGACGCCUUGUCCAGACAAUCGGACUACGUUGACACCCCCCAAGAACCAGAAGUCAUGCUACCAUCAGAGGUCUUUGCAAAUACAUCAGAGGAAGAGCUGGAAAUUGUUACAGAAGUACGCUCUAAACUAAGGGAAGACCCCUCCCUGGAGCCCAUCAUCCAAUUCCUGACCAAAGACGCCGAUAACGCCCCACCGUCAAUAAGAAAGGCUUACAGAGAUUACGAUUGGGAAGAAGACCUCCUGUGGGAAUUCCACAACUCCCCCCUAGCAGGUCACCCAGGCCAGCAAAGGACCCUGGAGCUCUUGAGCCGCAACUACUGGUGGCCGGGAAUGAAGUCAUCCGCCAAGGAAUGGGUGGAAUGCUGCCCCACUUGUCAAGCCAACCGUCGUGCCCACAACCCGGUCAUAGCCCUAAAACCCUUAGAAGUUCCCCCCUUUCCAUUUCACACCAUCUCCUAUGAUUUCAUUACGGGUUUUCCCAAGUCAGAAGGACAUGAUGCAAUCCUGGUAGUUAUUGAUUCAUUCUCCAAGUUAGGUCACUUCAUCCCUACCUCGAAAAAAGUUUCAGCAAAGGGCUUGGCCGAUCUCUUUGUCUCCCACAUCUGGAAACUUCAUGGGCUCCCUGUCAAAACUAUAUCAGAUCGAGGGACUACAUUCACAGGGAAAUUCCUUAGGGCUCUCUACCAACGAUUAGGGAUUAAACCUUCCUUCUCCUCGGCCUAUCACCCUGAAUCAGACGGCCAGACGGAACGUGUCAACCAAUUUAUUGAGUUUUACCUAAGGUCUUAUGUAGCAGCGGAUCAUUCAGAUUGGGUUAAGUGGUUACCACUUGCGGAGUAUGCCUAUAACAACGCCAAGCACUCAGCUACUGGAAAAACCCCAUUCGAAUUGAUUUAUGGCAGAAACCCAAUCAUGAACCCGUCAAACAUCCCUGCAAACGUCCCAGAAGCAGACCUCGUGGCAGAUACCCUAGCCAGGGAAUGGAAGGAAGCCGAAGCAGCCCUCAGAAUGAGCAAGGAACGGAUGACAAGGGAUAAAGGAACAGUCCCGGAAUAUUUAAUAGGGGAAAAAGUUUGGCUAGAUGGGAAAAACGUAGAACUUAGGACAAAUUCCAACAAGUUAGACCCCAAGCAACUAGGUCCCUUUGAGGUAUUAGAGAAGGUAUCCAGUCACGCGUACCGCCUCAAACUACCAGAAACCCUUAAAAUCCACGACGUAUUCUAUGUGGGUUUGUUAUCCAGGGUACACAUAUCCCCAAGUCAACCAUUUCCAGAGAAACCCCCUCCUGAAACAAUAGAAGGGGAAGAAGAGUAUGAGGUGGAACAAAUUAUCGACUCCAAAAGACAACGGGGGAAAUGGUUCUACCUAAUCAAAUGGAAGGGUUAUGGCCCGGAAGACAAUUCCUGGGAACCGGAAGAACUCCUAGAGCACAGCCAAGAGGAAAUCCAACGAUUUAACAAGUCACGACUGAAAAAGGCUCGUGACUCCGCCAAGAGCCUUUAA